CUCUUAAAAAAUGAAUGCUUUGAUUUUUAAAUGUGUCUAUUUUAUUUAGAAGGUGCAUACAGGAAAGGCAUAUGAUCAUUGUUGGUGACAUAACUCAGCUCGUUGUUCUUGCAGCGUGGAGGGGGCGGGGCAUGUGGGGCUCGGAGCUGCUGUUGGUCAGUCCGUGCAGAGCUUGGGGAGCAGCGGCAGCAGGACGGAGCCGAGUCUGCGUGUCUCUCUGACGGCCCCGCUCAUUGCCGCGGCCCCGGGGCAUGCUGGGAGUUACCUGGAGACGUGCCUGAGCGGACCCAGGAACCGUUUAACGGAUUGUUUACCGGAUUAUCCUGUGUAAAGGAGGACCGUGGGACCACCGGUUGCUGCUCGGAGCUGCAGGGAGCGGACUGAGGACCUUUAACCCGCUUUGUUUAACCCGGUGAGUUUGUCCCGGGUUAAGUUCACCGUGGCAGCUGAUCCGGCCCCGCACCAUGCUGUCUGGACCCCGCAGACCCGGACCCUGAUUCUGUCAGACCCGGAGAUGCUACAGUCUGGAACCGCGCGGCGGGACGCCGACGCGACAGAGCGGCUGCGCGCGGUGCGAGAGCGGCUGGAGGCCACCGUGUCCGGGCUGGGGGAGCUGGAGCUGUUGAGGCAACGGCAGGAGGAGCUGGUCCGAGCGGCGCUGGGGCUCCGGGAGGAACUGGAGCAGGAGGAGGAGGAGGAGGAGGAGGAGGAGGAGCGGCGGAGGGAGGCUCAGCUGAGCUCUGAGGAGAAGCUCCUGGAGGAGAACAUCCUUCUGCUCCGGAAACAGCUGAACUGCCUGCGGAGGAGAGACACCGGACUCAUCAGUCAGCUUCAGGAGCUCGACCGACAGAUCAGUGACCUGCGCCUGGACACCGAGCCGCCACAUGACCCGCCGGAGACCGACAGCAGACCCAGUUCAGGUUUCUAUGAGCUCAGUGACGCGGCAUCUGGCUCGCUCUCCAACUCGUCUAACUCGGUCUUCAGUGAGUGUUUCUGUUCGACAGCCGACGCUGAUGGACGACUCCCGUCUACAGGGAUUGUUCCAGAGGACUUCCGAGUUACUAAAGUGAUUCCAAUGUUUAAAGCAGACGAGCUGGUCAGCUGUUUGGACUGUGAUGGUCUGGUUGGAGGACUUUGUGAUGACUCGUCUAUCUGUGGUACAGUCCGCCGUUCACUCUCUGCUCCUCACCCCCCCACUGUGGACUCCAUCUCUUCUGUCUCUUCCUGUGACUCUCAGUCUAAGUACCACUGUGACCUGGUGGCCAGGAACGGCUGUGAAGUGUACCGCUACCCGAGCCCGCUGCACGCUGUGGCGGUGCAGAGCCCGGUCUUCCUGCAGAAGUUGUGCCAUGGCGGUCUCGGCAUAGAAGAAGGAGCUCUGAAGAGUUCUGGAGAAGGACUUAAAGCAGACUGUGUCCUUCAGUCUGAUCCUGUUUGCGCUUCGUCUGUCCCUCAGAGCUCCUCCUGGCCCGCCCCCUCUUCUUCUUCUCUAACGCUGUCACAGAAGCGACUGGACGGCUACAUCUUCAGUCUGCUGCAGAGGAGGGCCCUGCCAGUCAGGACCAACAGACCCAGGACCAGUAUCAGCACAGAGCCGUCAAAGAGCGUGUUGAGGCCGGUUGGUCUCUGUGGGAGGCAGCUCUCUGCUCCCUGCUCAGGGGGUGGUACUGGGACUCUGAGGGGUUCUGAACACAGACCCCCAUGGUCUGCAGGAGGAGCAGACGGAGCCUUCCCCUCGUCUUCUCAGAGGCAGUGGCCCACUGAAAGUAAAGGUGAGCAGGAGACUUUUUACCCAGACGGAAACAUGAUGCACAAUGUCUUCAAGUUUCCCCACAGUGACUUCUCUCCUCUGAGUAACAACAUCCACCCAGUCUGUUCUGUCCCAGAGCCUGAUGUUAACUCAAGCACCAACAGUCUACUCAGACUGAGAGAGAACAGGAAACAUCCUCCUCCAUCAGCAGCGUCCACAGCUACUCUGCCCAAAGAUGUCAGAGAUUUGGGCUGUCCCAAAGCUAACUCCUCCCCCAAGAAGCCACCAUAUUUCCCUCCUGACCAGGAGCUGCUCUUCAAAUCACCUUCAACCAUCAGAAAAAAGUCAGCUACGCCCAAGAACAGUCCUACACCUGUGCUGACAGGUCACACUGAGAGCACUGAGAUGUCAGUGACUAAUAAAACAGGUGUAGGUGUUUCGUCUCACAGUCUGGAUGAAGCAGGAGGACGGAGUCGUGUGGUUGAGAGCAGGUCCCCCCCAACCCAGCAGCAGGACAUCAAACUGUGUCAGGGAGGAGACAACGAUAUAAGGACAGUCAGAGUGAAGAGUGCCACCAUGAAGACGAGUCAGACCACUGAACACAGCGAAAGACGAGGGGACAGGUACCACCACAGGUCCAGCUCUAAAAAGUCCCGUCUGCUGGAGGACGGAGGCCCAACCCACAUCAGAACCUCCAGGAGAGCAACAGGGUGCACCAAUAGGACAUCCUCCUCUAGAAUCAAACGCCUCCCUGCGUCCAUCCCAGAGGGCCGAGUCCCUGACAAACAAACCACAUCCACACUGAGCAGUGUGCGUUCAGGUUCAUCCAGGCACUAUCACCACGGAAACCAUCACCAUGGAAGUAACCGUCACCCACAUGGUCACCACCAUCAUGGUCACCACCACGGACGUGACCAGGUUGCAAUAGUUGCCAAACCAAAGUACAAACGUACGUUGCCUUACGAUGAAGCAUUCAGACGCGCUCAGCGACGUAAGAGAAAGGAGCUGCUGAGUCGUUGUGCCGCAUGCCGAUUCAUCCCCUCUGAUGGGGCUUUGAGCAGCCCGUAUGCCUAUACAGCAGGAAGUGACUCUGAGUACUCAGCCGAGUGUGCGUCGCUCUUUCACUCCACCAUCGUGGACACCAGUGAGGAUGAGAGGUCCAACUACACCGCCAACCGCUUCGGAGACAGCGAGUCCAGCGACGACGAGUAUGUGGAGGAGAGCACCACAGCCAGUGAUACAGAGGAGAGUGGGGGAGGUGGGGCAGGGGGUGGCACAGGUGGUCUGGGAAGGGGGUGGAGCCAGUUAGAGGAAACAGAAGCCAGGGCGACAGGAAAGGACAUGAGAUCAGCUCAUACAAAGGCCUUUGUCAAAAUAAAGGCAUCCCAAACCCUGAAGAAGAAGAUCCUCCGGUUCAGGUCAGGUUCUCUCAAACUCAUGACCAUGGUGUGAGUCAGCAGGAAGCCCUGUCCCCUACCUACCACACAGAAUAAGAGCCCUGCCCCCUUCAUGCCACACAGGACCAGAGCACCAGGCCCCUUACCUACCACACAGGAUCAUAGCCCUGCCCUACCUGUCACAGGGCCAGAGCCCUGCCCCUUACCCAUCAUGUAUAAUCAGAGCCCUGCCCCCUACCUGUCAAAAAUAAUCAGAGCCCCGCCUCCUAACUAGCACAGGACUAGAGCCCUGCUAGAGCCCUCCUCCUCACAUCCUGUCCCCCUCACAUCCGGUCCCCCUCACACCCUGUCCUCCUCACACCCUGUCCCCCUCACACCCUGUCCUCCUCACAUCCUGUCCCCCUCACACCCUGUCCCCCUCACACCCUGUCCCCCUCACACCCUGUCCUCCUCACAUCCUGUCCCCCUCACACCCUGUCCCCCUCACACCCUGUCCUCCUCACUUGAACCUGAAGAUCAGGUACCUCAGCACUGGACUCUUAUAGACCCUGUCAUAUUCUUACCGAACUCAGCUCCUGAUAUCAAACAAACACUCACAGCUGACAAAACACUGAACAAGUGUGACUUUAAAAAGUGAUAUUAAUGUAAAUUAAAGUUUCUAACAAGCAGCCAGGAUGGAUGCAGCCAUGAAUGCAGCAGGUAAAUUACCAUUUGUAAAGAGGUGAAGGUUUGUACAGAGUUUGUUCAGCCAAUCAGAUUGGCCUCCUUCACCUCACUCUGUCUUUAAUUGGCCAACCAGUGCAUCAGAAAGUUUUAACUGAGAUCAGAGAUCAGGACUCUGUCUGCUUCUGAGUCUUCUGGUCUCUGUUGAACUGAGUCCUCUGGUCUUUGGUUGGGUUCUUCACAAAGUUCUUCAGGUGGUUCCUCACAUGUUAAAGACGUCAUCUUCAGAAGGUUCUUGAGCAGGUCUUCUGGAUGGUUCUUCAGGUGUUGGGGUUGAGGGUUCAGGUCUAAUGGAUGGUUCUUCAGGUGUUGCUGUUGGGGUCGAGGGUUCAGGUCUUCUGGAUAGUUCUUCAGGUGUUGCUGUUGGGGUCGAGGGUUCAGGUCUUCUGGAUGGUUCUUCAGGUGUUGGGGUCGAGGGUUCAGGUCUUCUGGAUGGUUCUUAAGGUGUUGGGGGUUCAGGUCUUCUGGAUGGUUCUUCAGUGUUGGGGUUGAGGGUUCAGGUCUUCUGGAUGGUUCUUCUGGUGUUGCUGUCGGGGUUGAGGGUUCAGGUCUUCUGGAUGGUUCUUCAGGUGUUGCUGUCGGGGUGGAGGGUUCAGGCCAUCUCUUAAUUUCCUGCACUUUGAGACGCCCGCUCAGCAGACAGGAUGGGCAGUUGAAGCCUUUAAGUCUGUUUAUGUACGUAGUCUUCUUUAGUAUUUAUGAUUACAUGAUGUUUGGUUGUAGCGCACGCCACAUGUCUGUACACGCUUCUCUUCGUUACGUCGGGCUGAAUGAGUUGGCUCGGUUUGAUGAAAGCUAUUUAAACCUAAUAUAUAUUUGCUUGGUACAUAUAGGAUGCUACACAAGGUACUGACUGACAGCCGGUCAAGGCUGCACUUUUUAUAAUGUUUAUACUCUCAGCCUGAUGUGUCUUUAUUAUGACUGUCACCACUGUUGCCAUAACAACAUGUUAAUACAGCUUUUAGAUAUGAGUGGAAACCAGGUUUAUAUUUACCCUGUUUAUUUUAGGAGAACUUCAUGGUUUGUUGAAAUAAAAAGUACUGAAGUUUGAAAUAACCAUGUGUUUCAUCAGAGUGUCGGAGAGGAACCAAUCCAUCACACGUGUCCAGGAGUUUAUCAGGAGAUCAUUAAAAUUAAUGAAUGACCAAAUAAUGGGUGUCUAGGACAUAUUUUCUGUUGCCAUGGUAACAAACCAACAAACCGGUAUCGAUAUACUUGUUUUUUUACUAGCAUCAUAUCGUACUUUAAAAAUCUCUACCAGAGAGUCUAAAAAGAAUCUUCACACUUCAGAGGAUCAAUUUUUUUAAAUGAGACUCAAAUGUUUGUCCGUCUGUUACAAACAUGUGACUAGCUUAGCUUAGCACAAAGACUGGAAGCAGGAAACUGUUAGCCCCUAUAGCUACAGAACGGCUAGCCCAUUCAGUGUAACAUGAGGGUUGUGUUGGGUGUUUGCAUGCAGGCUACAUGGACUGUGUUAUGGUUGCUAAAGCAGUUAGCAUAUAGCAUAAGUAAGUAUGGUAAGGUUGGUACAGCUAGAAUGUAGGAAUGUUACUGAAGCGCAUGGAAAGUGUCAGCCCAGUGUUCUUAAACUAGGACUUAGCUAACACUUAAUGUUUUCAAUGUUUAUUAAAGAUGUUUAUAAAGGAAGAGUAAGAGAGUGUGUGUGUUGAAUUAGCAGGCUAGCAUGUUAGCUCUGUAGCCACUAUGCUAAAUCACUGCAAUAUGUUAAAACAUCUCUAUAAUAAGUGUAUUAAAUGUUAUCCUAGCCAAGCCUAGCUUCUCUUCCUGUUAGUAAUCAAAUUACUGAAACUUUCAGGUUUUUAAGCCCUGCUUCCUGUCUCUUUGCUAAGCUAAGGUAAUCUCCUCCUGAUAGAGAUGAUAUGAUUUUCAGAGCAAUGAACACAAAGACCUAAUUAAACAGCAGUUGGACAUUUUAAAGGGAUACUUCACCCAUUUGCAUUAAGCUUUGUAUCAUUAGAAACCUGGUAGUAUUUUUGAAUGGUCGUGCAUCCCUCCCUCAUUUUCCCCUGAGAUGGGAAAUCUUUGUAUUUUUAAGUCUGAAAAGAAGCUUUCAGUGACGCAAAAUGACGAUUUUUGCAUCACUGGAAGCUGUUGCGGUUAGCGGGGUGAAUGUACAACGCUAGUUUCUCAUAUUUUAGACCACUGAAGCUACAGACCAAUCACAGAUCAGUGGGUGGGAACUCACUCCCAGAAUCGAAACUUAACAUCCGCCAUAUUGCUUGGAAGCUAUGCUAACAGGCUCUAUGGAGAAAGCUGAUAAUGACAAAAUAUCAAUAUAGCGGCGAGACAGCUGCUGCCGAAAGGCCGGUCUUGUGUUUUGGCUGCUGCGUCCGCUGCCUGCCGGGGCCGCUUGCCGGGACACAAGACCAGCCUGUCUGCAGUAACCGUCUCGCGGCUAUAUUGCUAUAUUGCUGGCCGCCACGGCGGUGAGGACGAGGAGCCCGGGCCGGCUCGAGCUGGGGCGGACUGGUAGUGUCGGUGCUCUCACUGUUUGCCUAUGGACACAGACAUAGAGUCUGUUUUCUGCCAGGAAUUUCCAAGAUACCAAUUCCUUCUGGAAGAAAUCUCUGAAUCAGCUUUACCUCAAAAUUCAUUUCACAUUUCUACUACAUGUAUGACCCAAUGUCAAUACAGAUUCAUGUUUCAACGGGUGAAGUAUCCCUUUAACUGUUUCAGGCUGCAGACGUGUUUUUCUCUGAGAGGCUGAACAUGACAAAUUCUGCAGUCUGUUUUGAAAUGAUCCAGAUAUAAAUCAGAGUCAAAUAUAAAUGUAGAGAUAAGUCAGAAAUAAAUCCAACAUAAAUAACUCUAGUUCAUCUUUAAACAGAGUGUUCAGCCGUCACUUCAUUUCUCUGUUCAGUUAUUUUCACUUUCUCUCCUGAAACCUUCAAACGUGCUCUGAGGUUUGUUCUUCUCCCUGUAAAUUAUCUGAUCUGUACUCGACUGUUACUGAGAGAGAGAGAGAGAGUGUGUGUGUGUGUGUGUGAAUACAACUUUAUGCUGGUGCUUAACCUUUUUACGCUUCAUUAAACGUGGACUUGAACACUU